AUGAAGGAGAAGAUGGAGAUGCCGGCAGUUGGCAGCCAGGAGAAUGUGCUACAAGAAUUGAAUCUCUUCUACAAGCGAGAUGUCAAUGGAGUUGGAGUAUUAUAUGACCUGCUUAGAUCUCACUGGCUGCAGGGCCUCCUAAAGGUUUAUGAAUGCCUCCGUUAUUAUAUCAGAAAGAAACCGGUUCCAGUCAUACCCCAGGCCCGGGUACUGUCUCAUGAGGUUGGGGAAUUGUUGCGUGAAGCUCCUCAGUCCACAGAGAUCCGAGAGCUGAGACGACUUCUCCGAACUCCACAUGUCAAGGCCUUACUAUCAGCUCAUGAUACUGUGGCCCAGAAAGAUUUUGAACCAGUCCUUCCACCUCUGCCAGAUAACAUCCCUGAAAAUGAGGAAGCUAUGAGGAUUGUCUGCUUAGUGAAAAAUAAGCAACCUCUAGGUGCCACCAUUAAACGCCAUGAGAUAACUGGUGACAUUAUGGUUGCCAGGGUGAUCAAUGGUGGGUUAGCAGACAGAAGUGGGUUGCUGUAUGCAGGGGACAAGUUGGUAGAAGUAAACAGUGUUCCAGUGGAGGGACUAGAGCCAGAACAAGUUAUCCACAUUUUGGCUCUGUCAUACGGAACAAUAAUGUUUAAACUAAUUCCAGUUUCUGAUCGAGCAGUCAGCAACCAGACAACACUGUAUGUGCGAGCCAUGGCAGAUUACUGCCCCCUGCAAGACCCUACCAUUCCUUGUGCUGAUGCAGGCUUGCCCUUUAAAAAGGGGGAAAUCCUUAAAAUAGUUGACCAGAAUGAUGUGCUCUGGUGGCAUGAAAUCCUUCAGAUAGUUGACCAGAAUGAUGUGCUCUGGUGGCAGGCAAAGAAAGCCUUGGAUCUUAACACCUGUGCUGGGCUUAUUCCUUCAAACCACCUUCUGAAGAGGAAGCAGCGAGAAUUCUGGUGGUCUCAGCCUUUCCAGCCCUAUACUUGUCUCAGAUCAACAAUACUAAGUACUGUGGAAGAAGAAGAUGACAUGCAAAUUGAUGAGAAGUGUGUAGAAACAGAUGAAGAAAUAUUUGAGUCUGAGGAGCUUAAAGAAGAAGAGGAGGAAUUCAGUGAUUCUGGUCAAAGGAUUUUUAUUGCUGGUUUCCGAAGAAGCAUGCGUCUGUGCCGGAGGAAAUCCCAGAACGUCCAACAGUCCUGUUAUGCCCAGUGUCCCAGCAUCUGUUACAGCACAGUAGCAGCCCCUUAUGAAGAAGUGGUGAGAUACCAGCGACAUCCUUCUGAUCGAAACAGACUGAUUGUGCUAGUAGGUCCUUCAGGAGUCGGAAUAAAUGAGCUAAGGCGACGACUUAUUCAGACUAACCCUUGUCGGUUUCAAAGUGUUGUACCACACACUACACGUGCUCAGAAGAGUUAUGAAGUAAAUGGUCGUGAGUAUCACUAUGUAUCAAAGGAAACGUUUGAAAAUUUGGUCUAUACUCACAGAAUGUUGGAGUAUGGGGAAUACAAAGGAAAUCUAUAUGGCACCAGUGUUGAUGCUGUGCGAACAGUCCUGGAUGAAGGGAAGGUCUGCAUAGUUGAUUUAGAACCUCAGGGAAUACAAGUGGCUCGAACCCAUGAACUAAAACCCUACAUUAUCUUCAUCAAGCCACCUAGCAUGAGCCGCAUGAGACAGUCUCGGGAAAAUGCCAGGAUCAUUACAGACUACUAUGUGAACAUAAGAUUCAAGGAGGAGGAUUUAGAGGAGAUGGAAGAUUCAGCUAAGAAAAUGGAAGCUCAGUUUGGCCAGUUUUUUGAUGAAGUGGUUGUGAAUGACAGCUUACAAGAGGCCUGUGUACAGUUGCUGUCUGCAGUCUGUCGUGCACAAGAUGAGCCCCAGUGGGUCCCUGCAACAUGGAUAUGCUCAGACUUUCAAACAUAA